UGAUAGAAAGAUAAGGGUAGAGGCAAGUUGCCCUUGAGCGACACUCUACAGAUCAACUGCAUCCUGUUGCAUUCCCAACGGUUUCCCUCCAUCGGUUGCACUGAGGGGUGAUGCCCAAGGCGCAUCACUUUUCAGAACUGGACCAUGAACAACUUCAUCCUCCUGGAAGAGCAGCUGAUCAAGAAAUCCCAGCAGAAGAGAAGGACCUCUCCCUCGAACUUUAAAGUCCGUUUCUUUGUGCUAACGAAAGCCAGCUUGGCAUACUUCGAGGAUCGCCACGGGAAGAAGCGCACAUUGAAAGGCUCCAUCGAACUUUCCAGAAUCAAGUGUGUGGAGAUCGUCAAGAGUGACAUUAGUAUCCCAUGCCACUAUAAAUACCCUUUUCAGAUCAUGCAUGACAACUACCUCCUGUAUGUGUUUGCUCCAGACUGUGAGAGCCGGCAGCGCUGGGUGCUCACCCUUAAAGAAGAAACGAGGAAUAACAACAGCCUGGUGUCCAAGUAUCACCCGAAUUUCUGGAUGGAUGGGCGGUGGAGGUGCUGCACCCAGCUGGAGAAACUUGCAGUAGGCUGUGCCCCCUAUGACCCGACCAAGAACGCUUCAAAGAAGCCUCUUCCUCCUACUCCUGAAGACAACAGGCGGUCACUUCCGGAGCCUGAAGAAACCGUGGUUAUUGCCUUGUACGACUACCAACCCAAUGACCCCCAGGAGCUCGCACUGCAGUGCAAUGAGGAGUACUACCUGCUGGACAGCUCCGAGAUCCACUGGUGGAGGGUUCAAGACAAGAACGGGCAUGAAGGAUAUGCACCAAGCAGUUACCUGGUGGAAAAAUCUCCAAAUAACCUUGAAACCUAUGAGUGGUACAAUAAAAACAUCAGCCGAGACAAAGCCGAAAAGCUUCUCUUGGACACGGGUAAAGAAGGAGCGUUCCUGGUCCGAGAUUCCAGGACACCCGGAACAUACACAGUCUCUGUGUUCACCAAGGCCAUCAUCAGUGAGAACCCAUGUAUAAAACAUUAUCAUAUCAAAGAAACAAAUGACAACCCGAAGCGGUUCUAUGUGGCUGAGAAGUACGUGUUUGACUCCAUCCCUCUCCUCAUCAAGUAUCACCAGUACAAUGGAGGAGGUUUGGUCACCCGACUCCGGUAUCCAGUGUGCUCCUGGAGGCAGAAAGCCCCAGUGACAGCAGGCCUGAGAUACGGGAAGUGGGUGAUCCACCCCUCAGAGCUCACUUUUGUGCAGGAGAUUGGCAGUGGGCAAUUUGGGCUGGUGCACCUUGGCUACUGGCUCAACAAGGACAAGGUGGCCAUCAAGACCAUUCAGGAAGGGGCGAUGUCAGAAGAGGACUUUAUCGAAGAGGCUGAAGUCAUGAUGAAACUCUCUCAUCCCAAACUGGUCCAGCUCUAUGGGGUGUGCCUGGAACAAGCCCCCAUCUGCCUGGUGUUCGAGUUCAUGGAACAUGGCUGCCUGUCAGAUUACCUGCGAAGUCAGAGGGGGCUCUUUGCGGCAGAGACCCUACUGGGCAUGUGCCUGGAUGUGUGUGAGGGCAUGGCCUACCUGGAAACGGCGUGCUUCAUCCACAGAGACCUGGCCGCCAGAAACUGUUUGGUGGGAGAAAACCAAGUCAUCAAGGUGUCCGACUUUGGGAUGACGAGGUUCGUCCUUGAUGAUCAAUAUACCAGCUCUACGGGCACCAAAUUCCCAGUGAAGUGGGCAUCCCCGGAAGUGUUCUUUUUAAGUCGCUAUAGCAGCAAGUCGGAUGUGUGGUCGUUUGGUGUGCUAAUGUGGGAAGUCUUCAGUGAGGGUAAAAUCCCAUAUGAAAACCGGAGCAACUCGGAGGUCGUGGAAGACAUCAGCACUGGCUUUCGGUUAUACAAACCCCGCCUGGCCUCCUCCCACAUCUACCAGAUCAUGAACCAUUGCUGGAAGGAGAAACCAGAGGACCGACCACCUUUCUCCCAGCUGUUGAAUCAGCUGGCUGAAAUUGCAGAAUCUGGACUUUAGCAGGGAUUCGUUGACCAACCACAGCCAUGUAUCCUGAGCGAAGGAACAAUGUCCUUUUCCCAGAGCAUUAAAAGCUGCCAGCAGCCCAGGACCCCGCACCGGUGCCUGGACCGUGGUGCCAGCCCCUACGCAACUGUGACUGCAGCAUCCUAGAAGAAGCUGGAGGGCCAGCCACUGGGCCAGACUGGGCUACAGCAGUAACUGUGCCUCUGUGCCCACCCACCCCAGCCUCUGUUAUACGCUAUCUCAAAGCUCCAUCACCUGCUCUCAGAAGCAUUUCCUCCCCUUCUUAGCAAUAGGGAGAAGCACGUAUAGGCCAUGUUCUUCUUAUUAUUAGUAUUUUAAGCAUAGGUCGAAUACUCAAGAGAACUUUUAUUUGACCCAACAAGAUAGUAUCCCCAUUUACAAAUGGAAGAAUGGGAAGCCUCAUUCUUUUUCUAAGAAAUGCAAGAGGUGAUUAGCCAGAGGGUUCUGCUCACUGUGAGGCUGCCAACCUCAACUUCCUGCCACACGUGGUGGGGUGGCUGCUUGUGCCAGAGGCCGGAUGUCGUGAGGUUUCAGAGCACACUGCCACCUCUCUUUGAUGGAGCAUAGAAAGCUUCAUUGGGUGCAGAGGGUGAAAUGACCCACUCAGACCCCAUGGCUGGACCAUUGUGUGUCUGAGAUAGACCAGGAAUGAGACAGACAGGCCUCUGGUGGUGGGGUAUCAACAGGUACAAAACAAGGCAUUGGCUUGUUACUAAUCCACUGGCCCUGUCGUAGUGACUCGGGUGGGUGACUGGGGCUCCUGUUCUAUGCAGAAUGCUGAGGCAAUGACUAUAGAAUGUUCAUCGUUCUGACCUCUUAGGAGCAGCAUCCACCUCUAAGGUAGGCAUCUGCACAACCUACCAGAACCAAGAGAGGGCAGCACAGUGUUGGUCCCUGUGGCCUCAAGACUGCAGGGUUCUCUUAGGCCUUAGGAGUUUAGCAGUUUUAAGGUUGAGACUUCAAAACUCUCAACACCCUAGCAAAAGGAGGAUUUUUGCCCUUGUUCAAACUAUCUGGAAGGACAUAGAGUCGAGCACUGAGAGGCAUUUCCAAAAUGCAUGAGAUGUCUACUGUUGAUUGGCACUUAUACAGGUCACAUGCGUAUAUUCUGAGCAACAAGCCUUUCCAGGAGAAUCAGUUCAUACCAACCCGAUGGCACAAUAUUACUGAUGUUUUACCGAAAGCCGAACUCAGUCUUUUCAAAACACAGACAGCUACGCCGAGUUACAGAACUGGGAAGGACAGAGAUUGAAAUGCCACCCAAAUAUAACUCCAGAGCAGCCUCGUCUCUUUUCAGCACUGCCUCCUGCUGAGAAUGGAAUUGCUGAGCAGAUUAAUACUAGAGGAAAGUCAGCCCUAAAGCAGUGCAGCAUCACCCAGUGGUGUUACUCCUGAAUAAACCACUGGGGGGCGCAGUGGGACGCCCCACAUUGAAAUAGGCUCUUCUCUGUCUUCCUCUUCAUCCUCACCAGGAUCUGAGUUCACAACUUCAAAGUUACCCGGAAUUAACCCUUUCAUUCUCCCAACCUACCAGAGUCACUUUGCCUGAGGCCAUUCAUACAAGAGCUUCAAAGGGUUUUCAACCAAUCUCCUGCCGAGUGUUUCCUGUAAUUAUCCCUUCAGCCUCCAACUGGGGCCCUUGCAGGAGGACUGUUCCCUGGUGCCAGGAACACUUGAUUCUCCCAAGGUGUUCAGAUAAAGCUCCCGGAGAUGUGAUCUGAGUUGCGGAUCCUUCUUUGUAAGUCACGUGGUAUUCUGACUGACUUGAGACUCAAAUGCCUCGCUUCCAGCUAUAAUUACUGUGCCCACAUAAAACUCUGUCAUUCAGAAAACAAUCUUCCUCAGCUGGGCCACAAUCAUGCCUGUUUACUUCUCAGCCUACUGCAUAUUCUCUUUUUGGAACCGUUAAUUAAGAGAUGGUUUCUGGGACAUCCAGCCUGGAAGAAAAACACUGGAACUGAGAGAUGUCUGUGGCAUGGUUUAGAAGACCAGCCCCCGUAUUGUCUUCCUUAACCUCAGCUCCAUGGAGGCCAGGACAGACAUGUGUGCACCUCUCCAGUGUCCUGCACGGGAAUAUGGGAUUCUCUCACAUUUUUGGAAAUGGUGCUCUGUCUUCACAGAAAAUCCCCGUGAUGAAAGGCUUGGGUUCCAGUUGUACUUUGUAGCUCUUGCAGUUUGUAAUGUUUGGGAUUGUGUAUUUAUGCCUGGAUCAGGAGGGUAUUUAUUGCUUAUGUUCAUGAUAAAAAAUACUGCAUAUAUGUCUUAUCUUCUGUAGAGGCCACAAGUCAACAGUUGCACGUGGCAAAAAUAAAGCUGUAUGUUUUACAAAUA